AUGGAGAAAACAGGAAGAGACCUUGAGUUCUUUCCCCAGCAGUUCACUGGAAAUUGCUGCGGCAUCUUUAUGCUGAUGCACCUCAUCGCCACUAUCUUUCACAGAGGCUUGGGACAGAGAUUCGCCUUCUGGACAGAAGAAGCAUCCCUUCUCCUCCAGGGAACUCUCCAGCCUGUCUUCAGGGUACCAAAGGCAACCUCCUCCAAGCCUUCACCAAGUCUAAUCAGACAGGCUGACGCUGACAGGUGCCCUAUACUGGAGUUACCAGCAUGUGUCCUCAUCGACAUAUUGGAAGAGGUUGUUCUACACGAAGGGGAUACAGCCAUCUUCAAACUGGCUCUGGUGUGCUCCAUGUUCAGAGACCUUGUGUCUACUGAAUAUUUCAGAAGACGGACACACUUCAAGUGGCUUCACAGCGUCUGCACAUGGAGCAGCUUCUCUGAAAAGUACAGAGAACAGUACUUCAACAUGUACACAAUUGAGAUCUGCCUUCAGUGUGGAGAUCCGUACAAACACUGCCCCCGAGGAUAUGUUGGCACAGGUAAAAGAGGACAACUACGGGCAUUUUAUUCGGAGGAGAUGCGCCCAGGCUACUGCAGCCACAUUUGCAUGCAACUGAACAACUAAUGUGUCUGCACUGUUCACAUGCACACACAGG